AUGAGAGGGGAUAUAGGCUUUUCAGGCGCUGGCAAAGUGCCAGAGACUGCGCUGAAGCGCGCCGGCGGCCGCAGGUGGCUUUUCGAACUGCAGACUACAAAGCAGAUGUUUCGGAAGAUUUCGGCCGCAGUUGAGGAGAGUUGUCGGCGCGAAGCUGUGAGACGCGGCUAUGCCGUAGAGCGUGUGGAGAGUGAUGAGCCGUCUUUGGUGCUUCGCCUUGUUUGGAAAGAGGCACGGACAUACAAUGCUGCGCAGGCUUGGUUUGCCAAAGCGGUCGGUGACAUGAAGUCGGUGGAAAGGACAGUGACGCCCAUUGACGAUGCAAAGGUCGGAAAGAGCAUGUGGCAGCUGGUGGGUGGGCGUGGCCAGACCACCAUUAGUGCUGAGGCACUGGAGCCGGGCUUGUUCACUUUCCUCCUUGAGGACUUGGCCAACUACGAGGUACCAACAGAUCCAGCGAGCAGAUUGGAAGCUACUGCGACGACUCCGUUGCAGGUGUUCUUCAAGGUCGUGCCCUCAGCGCCAGACACAAUCAACGGCGCGAAGGCCGCGGCAGCAGGUGUCUUGCCUCGCCUCGAUUUGUUCCGGAAGGCGUGGUGCCUGAAGAACGAGCAGGCCUUGAACCACUGGCAGAGUGUCGUGCGACAACAGGUGAAGCGUCAGCAGAUCGACUCUCCGAACGCUGCCUUUUUUGAGGAUUCCGAGAUCGAGGAGUGGGCCUUGUGCUUCGGAACGUUGCAGAUGUAUGCACACCAGGAGACCUUUGUGGAUGGUGCGGAGCACUACGAUGGCGGGGCGUCGCUGAUUCAUGGCUGCAUCACAUACAGGGGAACUCGCGGCGUCAGGCUUGUGUGCCAAGAUGGCUCGGAGGAAGUGCUUCGAGUCAAGCCAGGCACGAUCUACUUCGGCGACCUGAGCGCAAUCUCGCACAACACAAAGUUCAACAUCACAGAUGGCCACUCGUGGCACGAGGGUGG